CUCAGAUCACGAGCAACCUAAUCAAGAAAGAAGAGCAGCAGAGCCAUGUUUAAUCACUCGUAAAGGACCAAUGGCGUUUCUGGGAGGAUCAUUGCGUGUGACGAGGAGCAUUAGCAGCCGGAAGAUGAUGGAAGGGAAGAAGAGCCACGGCGCGUCCGGGUUGUGGCGGCAAGCACCGGCGCCCGUGAGGCAGCUGUUCUGGAGGGUGAGGCGCUCCAUGCUACGGCCGAAGCGCCGUGCCGUGAGUUUCGGGUACGACCUCAAGAGCUACUCCCAGAACUUCGACGACGGCCUCGUCCCUGUCCACCGUCUCUAGCGACACCCGUAGUUUAUUCUUCUUCUUCUUCUUCUUCUUCUUCUUCUUCUUCUUAAUUUUACUUGCCGCCCGGCCGGAUCAUGGCUCGAGGCUGGAGAGUUGAAGCGUCGUCACCUUGUGAUUUGCUCCUCCUCUAGUUCAGCUACGAGUGUAUAUUAGACUGUACUGUUCAUACACAAGUUGCUUACUGCUGGAAGUCCGAAACUGCCAAUGAAAUGACAGUGUAUCUAUGUAGUCUGCAAGCCGCGUCACUUGCAGUAGUGGAAUGGGAUUUAAACUAUUUCUGUU